AUGCAUCGGCAUGAGGUUUCUUUGGUGAACGUCUUCCUGGAAGGCGUGAAGAGUGACCUCGAGGUUCUGGAGAGGACUCCGGCCACCUCCUAUGCAGAUCGGGCUCAGAAGACGCUCCUUACCCAGGCCUAUGCUUAUGGCGAGAUGAACGUGAAUAUGGCCAAGGCAGAUAAUGAGAUCCAGAGGCUAAAAAGACGUAAUGAGAUGGCCAAGGAUAAGAUAGCGGAGGCGCAGGAGGCCAUCCGAGAGAAGAACACCCUGGUGCUGCAGAAAGCGGCGAUAGCCAAAGAGAUGGAAGAGCUGAAGCGGUCGAGGGCCGAGGAGGUAGCUGCUACCCGAGCUAAUGCGAUCGAGUCAUUUCGGGGUUCGGAGGAGCUGAUGAGCUAUAUCAUGGAUUAG